CACCUCUCUCACCUCGCGGGCGCGUUUUGACUUCUUCAUCACAUCGAGCCUCAAGCUCGCUGGUUCAUUACCUCUUUUCUUAUUCUUCCACUCCCACUCUUCUACACACAACACCCCUUUUCUUAUAAUAUAUCCAAUGGCAGGCCUAACACCCCAACACUCCCACCCCAUGGGGCGAAUGGUACUAGACUUUACCAGCCCCAAUCAAUGUGUCGUACAGAUGGCCGCGCCCCCCGCAUGUGGCUGUGGCAAUACCUUCGAGAUCGUCGUUAAACAGCAAAGAAUCGACACUGAUUCUAUAUGCAUUACGCCUACGGGGCCCCUCCCAGGACCCGUAGAUCAGCAAUCCCGUCCUGUCAGCCUCCCCGCACCGCCGGGCAACGGGGACCCGUCUCCGUCAUGGUGGACGACGAGCUGGCCGAUGGAUCCGGGAACGGUGGAUCAGAAGACGCCGCCUAAGCCUUACCAUGUCCCUGUGAAGGAGGACCCCGCGGUGCCGCGGCCAACCGUCAACCACCCUUCUUCUCAUCCGGUGUACACCAAGCUGCCUGUUUCCACGCUCAAGCCCGGCGACCCCUCGCCUACGCCAGUCGUCAUUAUCCCGUCCUCAAAAAAUUCCACAUUAUCAACAACAUCUGGCACUACAAGUUCCCGAGUCACGUCUUCGCCGACGAAAAGCAGCCCCACGGUAGCAACUAUCACGAGAGUAGUCACGACCUCGCCCCUGCCGCCUCCGUCGCGGCCGCAGCAGCCUUCCCCAUCUCGCUCCGCCAGCCCGCCGGCGCCGACGUCCGGGGUCUGCAACGCGUCGUACACGAGCAUCGACGUGUCGGAGCUCACGGGCCUCGAACCGCACUACUUCUCGCAAUACCUGAACCUCCUCGGGAUAGGGGACCUGCUCGACGAGAUCCUGGGAGGCGUCGAGGGGCUCCUCAAGGGGCUCAUAGGCAAAGGGGGCAACCACCCCAAGCUCGUGCACGAGUUCCGCGUGCGCUGCGACGUCGACAUCCCCGAGAGCCCCGUGUGGCCCGAGUGGAACGAGGAGAGGCACGACGUGACGGAUGGCGAAAGGGGGUGUUUGGAGACGUGCGAGAGGCAGGUCAUCAAGAUGGCGGGCAUGGGGCUGCUGCAGGAGUGCAUCGGGGUUGCGUAUCGGGAUAAACCUGGUAUGGGGAAGGCGAGGGAGGGGGAGGGAGAGUGUAGGUUCUGGAGAGGCGAUGGGGAUAAGCAUGAGUUUUUGCCGGUGGAUUCGUUGCCUAGUGCGAAGGGGGAGAGAAGGCCUGGGGAUGGAAGGUGGCAGAUUAUUUAUAUGUGAGGUUGGUUUUUUCUUUCUGUCAUUUUUCUCGAUUCUUCUCUCUCUUUUUUUUUUUUAAUUAAAAAGGUGGGAGUUGGGGAGUUGGAGGGUGAGUCUCACUUUCGAUAUCAUGUAUUUAUACUUUGGCUUAACAGGUGUAUGGGGGAUUGUCUUCUGAGAUCGUUGAUGAGGGUGUCAUGGGAGACAGAGGCGG